UGUAUAAUGAACUUAUCAUAAACUUUAGGGUCUUUAUGAUGAUUUUAUCUUAACAUUUAGAAUCCUUAGGAUAAAGCUUAGCCCUAAGCUGAGGCCUAAAUCACAAAACUCGUCAUACGGGCUUUGGGUUAGCCAGCCCAUCUCGACCACACAUUCGUCCCUCAUCACCAACCCUUUGCCUCUCUGCUCUUUUCCCGACCACGCCGUUCACCAUGUCAAUGCUCCCGACUAUUGCGACUGCACUGGUAGGAUUCAUCUACGACAGAGACGCCAGCCUUACUCCAUUCACCGACCCUGAUGAGAUUUCCUGUUUCGGGUGCCUAGUGACCAUCAUCGCGACGCCCGUCUGUUCUGCGUCGCCAAAGAGUCGGCGAAGCACACCUGUCUUGGGUGCCAAAACUCAAGAAAGAAAUGUGGUUCUAUAGUCUGUUGACUCUUAUUCACUUUUUAAACUCUGACUGGCCUCAUUGGAUAUCCCCCCGCGAACUCUUAGGUGCUGCCCAAUGAGACCACGUCUCUCGCCCUCAAAUCCUCUCCACCGCCCGCGGCGCCCUCGAAACUAGAGAGACGCGGCGCCUCUGGUCUGCCCUCGGCAACUGCACGUCGUCGAUCAGAUCUCAGACCCCCUAGAACCGUCAAGCAACGAUCGAGACAUUGCCUUGACUAUCUAGACGCAAGACUCUGCG